GGAAGAGAUCUCAACUUCCGGAAAGGAUUGUGUUUCGCAUAUAGAUAAAUAAUUCACCUUCUUGGUUUGAAGGCUACCUUGUCAGGAGGAAAUUGAAGUAUACCAUCUGAAGCAGAAUACAGAGUGUGAGUGGGUCAUCAGGCAGUCUCCCUAUGUCAGGCCGAAACGGGUCUGCAAGUGAUGCAGACUGCCGGAUCUCUGAGGACUGCCAUGUCCCAGAAGUUGAGCUAAUGGAGCUGGGCCCACUUCUGGAGGAGGGAGGGGGGCGACAGGCAGCAUCUAAAGGCGUCCAUCCAGAGGGAGCUGCGAUGCUUGCUGAUGAGGAAGAGGAGGAUGAUGAGGUGGGAGAGGUCCUGACUUUACCACUUCAGGCUCACCACGCCAUGGAGAAGAUGGAGGAGUUUGUACACAAGGUUUGGGAGGGGCGCUGGAGGGUCAUCCCUUUUCAUGUCCUGCCAGAGUGGCUAAAAGACAACGAUUACCUCUUGCAUGGACAUCGCCCCCCUAUGCCCUCCUUCAGGGCCUGUUUUGGAAGCAUCUUCAGAAUUCACACUGAAACAGGAAACAUAUGGACUCACCUGUUAGGGCUGAUCUUAUUCCUUUGUCUGGGCACGUUAACCAUGCUGCGGCCCAACAUGUAUUUUAUGGCCCCGCUGCAAGAGAAAGUGGUGUUUGGGAUGUUCUUCCUGGGAGCCGUGCUCUGCCUCAGCUUCUCCUGGCUUUUUCAUACCGUCUACUGCCACUCUGAGAAAGUAUCCCGCACCUUCUCCAAACUUGACUACUCGGGCAUUGCCCUCCUGAUCAUGGGCUCCUUCGUGCCCUGGCUGUACUACUCAUUCUAUUGUUCCCCUCAGCCUCGACUUAUCUACCUCACCAUUGUAUGUGUCCUCGGCAUAGCCGCCAUCAUAGUGGCCCAGUGGGACCGCUUCUCUACACCUCGUCACAGACCUACAAGAGCAGGUGUGUUCAUGGGUUUAGGACUAAGCGGCAUUGUUCCCACCAUGCACUUCACCAUCGAGGAGGGUUUUGUUAAGGCCACCACAGUCGGCCAGAUGGGUUGGUUCUACCUGAUGGGCGCCAUGUAUAUCACUGGCGCUGGUCUGUAUGCAGCUAGGAUCCCUGAACGCUAUUUCCCUGGAAAGUGUGACAUAUGGUUCCAUUCUCAUCAGAUUUUUCAUGUUCUGGUCGUGGCAGCAGCAUUCAUCCAUUUCUACGGCGUUUCCAACCUGCAAGAGUUUCGCUACGGCCUCGAGGGAGGAUGCACAGACGACUCUCUACUCUGAGAGCCCUGACUGUGACUUAGUCAUACUUUUCUUUAUAGCCCCACAAACAACACACAAACACAUACACACACACACACACACACCAAGACACUUAAAAUGCUGCUGGAAUUCAAUAUAGUCACUUAUUGCUCCUUCUGUACUUAUGAUUUUCUAGCAUCCUGUUUGGGUUUUGGUGGUCUUUCUGCUUUGGCUCCUUUUUGCUCCAAUAAAGUAGCAUUAACUAGCCAAUGGACGAUAGAGGGAAUCUUCCAACAGGCACCACUUCUUCAGUAAUUAUGAAGCUUAAAGUCUACGUUUUCAAGUAAGAUCAAAAUGGGACUUAAAAUCAUAUAUCCCUGUAAGUGAUGGUCACUUAGAAGCUCAACUAGUUGCCCAACAUCUUCAUAGUCUGUUACCAUUGCAGGGCACAGAGAGCAUUAUUUGUGCUGUAGCAGAAAGCACUUGCUAUAAACCAUUCCCUUUCUCCCUCCCAGUUUCCAUGCAGGUUAGAGGACGAAUGUACUGUCAGCCAGGUUUAUCUUGUAGAGCAGUCCAGGACCAUUUAGGCACGUGAAGGCUUGCACACACAUUUGUGAAAUGGAUGAAAGUAUACACAUAUAAUGUGUAUGGGUGUGGCCAAAUGUUAUGUGGUGAUACUGAUGUGCAACUUUCCAUUAAAACCUGUAGGACCACCACAAAUCCACCCAUGCCUGCUCUGCAAUAAAACAUGACCUGUACUCUGAAAGCCCAGUCAGUACUCUAAAAUCCCAUUUAAAAAAACAAUAAAAUAUUAUAAAAGGAAGAUAUAUCUUGAAUCUCAUAAAUAUAAUCUGCAGAUGGUCUGAGUAACUCUAGGGACGACUGUAAUCAGAUUUUUGACCAAAAUGAAUCAAUGAGUUGGAUAUUUCUUAGUUUCUUUGAAUUUUCUACUGAAAUUUGUAGAAGUUCCUUUGCAUUGGUGCAUUAUUUUAAUUGACAAAAGUCCCAAAUAAAUUAUUUACAAAUUGUUUAAUAGCAAAGAAAAGCUGAAAAAGUUUGUGGAUAAACAUAUUAGCUCAGUUCAGGUUAGACUAAGAAGCUUAAAAUGCUGAAUUGAAAAGAACUCACCUGCCAUCAUUUUUCAGUCAGACAACACACUAUUAAUUGAUUUCUAGAGUUAUAGUUCCUGGGCUACGCACAAUGUACAGAUCUGGAUCAGUUAACUUGUGUUUUUGUCAGCUAGAGAUCUUUCUUUUGUGCUAGACUUCAGAUGCAAUGAGAGGUGUAAAUAUCAAAUGCACCUUAGUGUAUACUAUAAAAUUCUAAACUUUAAAUCACCAUAUGGGGUUUAAAAUGUGUUAUGUAUGGGUGAUAUAAACUUUUAGUAUUCCUGUGCCUUAGGCCAACGGAAAUGUUUUUAAAUGAAACGGCCUAUCUUAACAGUCAAGGGAGCUUCAAGGAUUUCCAGAUGUUGACUUUUCUUGUUUUCCUUGCCAUAUAUAUACAAUCGAAUCAUUAUUGAACUUACAACUCCAUUGAUAGGUUGUAUCAACUGCUGUUUAAGACUCCUUUUUCUAGAUCAACUUAUUCAAGCUUUAUUACAAAGACUAAAACCGUGUGUAUUCUUGACUUUGUGUAAUGUCCUGUGUAGAAAGUGAUAAAUCAUACAUUUCACUGAAAUGUAAACAUAAAUAUUUAUUAAUGGUAAUCUUGGAAAAUUAUUGUAAUAAAUUUUUUUCCACAUGUACAAACA